AUGGCCUCGAUCUCUUCCAUCCUGAAUGAUUGUUUGAAACGAUUCAACAACUUAAUUGCUUCAACUACACUACAACAAAAUGUGACCGAGAUCCCACAAGAACUAUGGCAAGAUGAACUUGGAAGACUACGAGUUUGGGCAGCCAAUAUUGGCGCUCAUCAAGUUGGCCCGUCAUCUCUCGAUUAUCGAUUGCGAGACGCAUCAAACAUCAGAGACCAAAUUAUCCGUCUUUUGAAGGGAUUGCAAAGAGCAUUUGAUGACUUGGAAGAGGUGCUUCAGGAGCCAGAAGGGGAACCCAUCCCUAUCGAAGAUGAUAGUGAGCUAGAAGAAAUGAAUGGCUCGGAAGUACAGCAAAUAUUCAAAGGACUUGUAAACACCAUCGAUUGUCUAUUUCAAAUGUCUAUGGUUAUACGGCGGCCAACACGACAUGAUCAGUUCGUGGGUAUCAAAAAGGCAGAUUCGGCACCUUUCGAAAUUUAUGAUGUACUACACGUUGACAACAAGUACCCAGAAGCCGAUAAAAGUAUCAUCAACAGACUUGGUGUUGCAAUAUCAAGGCGGAGGGCGGGUCUCAAAUAUCGAGAGCGGCAUCAUAUGAAGCUGAGUAAAGGCAUCAAUAGCGCUUUAGAGAGCCAGUCAGAAACAGGGUCAACAAUCUUGUCUGAGACCGUUGCCACGGAAUUUGAGAAAAUAAUGAUAGAAUUUCGAUUCCUUCUCCUCCAAAAGGAAUCAGCAGAAGGGAAACCAUUUGAAUGUCCUUAUUGCUUUCAUGUCAUUACGAUCCGAGAUAGGCGCUCGUGGAUACGGCAUGUCUUUACGGAUCUUAUGCCGUAUGUGUGCGUUUUUCCAGACUGUUCUACGCCGGCGAUGCUCUAUGCAAGCCGUUGGGAAUGGUACCACCAUCUACAGACCAGCCACUUCAUCCAGUCUCAAAGGGACGCAGGAUUCGAUUGCCCCUUAUGUCGCGAGAAAUUAACCAACGCAGUCCGUAUCGACAGACAUCUAGGACGUCACUUGGAGGAGUUAGCCUUGUUCGCCUUACCACGGACAGAUGGUGACGAAGAUGAUGAUUCUAGAGCAGAUACCGAGCCAGAGCAGAUUGACGAUAAAUCAAACUGCGACCAAUUAAAUCAUGAUGAUCCGCCAUUAGAUUCAUCUGCAUCCUCAGAAGGGAUUGGAAAUUGGGAGGAAACACGGUCUCUGAAUGAUAUUAAAAUGGAUGAUGAGGAUUUAGCUGGGUUUGGAAGCUUAAUUAUGGGGGAGCGAGCUGAGAUAGAGGAGAGAGACGCUGCGAGAGAGGUUGCUCUGGCGAAAGCCGCGGCAAUCAAAGCGCCAGAGGACAGCCAAAUCACAGAGGCGAAACUAGCAGAAAAGCACUCCAGAGAUCGGAAUACAGUAAACCUUGUGGAGGCACCCACCGAGGCUGACAUGGCCAAAGGGUUGGAGUCUUUCUGGAAGUGUCACCUUUGCAGUGAAGCGUGGAUAUCUUCAUACGUUAUCCAACGCUUGUAUUGUAACCACACGAUAUGCUCUCUUUGUGAGACUUUUAGUAUAUGA